UAUAGCUCCUCUCUCAUCUCUCUCCUCACAUCACACUGACAUCAUGCUGAUCAUCUUCAUCAUCUUCAUCAUCACACCAUCAUGUGUGAGUGGAGUGACUGUAGUGACCCAGAAUCCUUCAGAGCUCACAGUGAAUAAAGGAAAUAAAGCCACAAUCAACUGUAAUCUGGGAUCUGUUACUAAUUCUCAUGUUAGAUGGUAUAAACAGAUUUCAGGAGGAGUUCCUCAGUUUGUCUUAAGCUUUUAUCAUGGCUGGAGCUCACCUGAAUAUGGAUCUGGAUUCUCUGCUCCUAAAUUCACAUCAACACAUUCAUCUAAAUCAGAUUAUAGUUUGAUCAUCAAUAAUGUAGAUGUGAGAGAUUCAGCUGUGUAUUACUGUAAGACAUGGGACAGCUCUGCUAGUGAGUUUGUAUUCGGACAAGGAACAAAACUCAUUGUGACCGAUUCAGGUGUUUCUCCUCCUGUUGUGAAGAUUUUUCCUCCAUCCAGUGAAGAUGUGAGCUCCAGUAAAGUGACUCUGGUGUGUUUGAUCAAUGACAUGUCUGUGGGAUUUGCUGAUGUGAGUUGGUUUGUGAAUGGAAACUCAGUUACUGAUGGCGUCUUCACCGGAUCUGCUGAACAGCAGCCGAAUGAGAAAUUCAAGUUGAGCAGUUAUUUAACCAUUGAGAGAUCAGAGUGGGAGAAAGACAAAGAUCUCACAUGUAAAGUGACUGCUGCUGGAAAGAUCACAAACACAAAGAUCAAGAAAUCUGAAUGCAAUUAAUAAAUGCCAAGUAUACUGCCUUGUCCUUGUUUUUGUAGUUUUUUUUUUUUCAAAAGUGUGUAGUAGAAAACAAAGAUAUAGGCAAUAUUUAAGAAUUAAUCUGAGAAGCUUAAUUUCUCUGGCAAUAUGUUUUGUCUUAAAAAAAUGUGGGAAUUUCUUUAUAAAUUAUCCUUGUACAUUAUUGUGCUUUUUGAUCUGAAAUAAACUGCAUAAUUCAUAAACUGCUUUCUUA